UUUCGACAAUACAAAAUGUUCGAUAUAUAUUACCAUUUUAUAUCUUGAUUGUAUGGAUGUUGUUCCAAAUCGAUUGUGGAUUAAAUCAUAGAUAUGACUCAGCGUGGUGAAAGUAUCCGAUUAGAUCCAAAAACUGCAGCCGUUUUCCGUAAAAAAGGUUAUUCUGUUGAUAAAAAAUUGAAUGAAGGUGCUUUUGGGCAAGUGUACAAAGGUACUAAUACAAAAACAGGUGAAUUGGUCGCUGUCAAAGUGAUGGAUUUGGAUAAAGUGGGCGAUAAAUUCAAACAAAAAUUUUUACCUCGUGAAUUGGCCGCCUUGAUCGGUAUCAAACAUGAAAGUGUCAUAUGCAUACACGAUAUAAUAAGAGCGAAUCACAAGAUUUAUAUAUUUAUGGAAUUCGCAAAUGGUGGUGACAUUACCGGUUAUUUACAUAAAAAUGGAGCCAUUUCCGAACCAUUAACCUGUUAUUGGUUCACUCAAGUUUUGAAUGCUUUGUGCUAUAUUCACGAUGAAUUAAAAAUUGCACAUCGUGAUAUCAAGAUCGAUAACAUUCUUUUACAUGAUAAUAUGGCCAAAUUAACUGAUUUUGGAUUCGCUAAAGAAAGUUAUGAUUGUCAUACGGAUACUAUAAUAAUGUCCGAAACGUUUUGUGGUACAGAACCAUAUUAUAGCCCACAGAUUGUGGCCAGAAAACCGUACAAUGCAUUUGCAGCUGAUGUUUGGGCCAUGGGUGUUACAUUGUUCUGUAUGCUUAACAAUAAAUUUCCAUUCCAUUUUGGUGAUCCCAAAAAAAUGCUGCUCGAACAAACGGAUCGAGAUUACAUCAAAAUUCGUUACGUCAGACGUUUUCCGUCGGAUUUACGGAAUUUUCAGGAACGAUUUUUUGUUGUCGACGAACAAAUUCGUUGGACAAUUUAUGAAGCACUUUCACAUCCAUGGAUUUUACGCAAAGGAAGAUAAUCAACAAUCAAUAACCCAACAUUGAAAUAAUCGAAUAAAAUAAUAUUUUUUAUAUAA